CCUCCUCCUCAGCCUCUCAUGAGAGCAUGGUGAAUAGCUCCUGAAUUAGAGCUCGCUGGAGCGGAGCAGACGUGAAAGACAGAGGAGGGUUUUGUUCAGGCAAUGUGAUAUGUUGUCACUGUGUGAAAUGUGCUCGGAUGGAAAGAUACGAAAGGGAAAAAAAAGACCAAUAAAUGGAGUCCCGAAAGAAAGAGAGAAGCAAAGGCUGUAUGAUAAGUGAGGAAAGAAAGAGGGAAAGAAGGGGUGGCGACCACAGACAGAGGCGUGAUCAGUCUGAAUCUGUGAGGAGGGAAAGUUGUUGAAGGUCCAGUUCACUCAGCCGCGGAGACUGGCUCACUCACUCACAAGGAUUUACUUUUCAGUUCAGAUUUUCUCUUUUGUUUGGGGAUUUCAGAAGCUUUUCUUUUGAUAGGUUUAUUUUCAUUUUCGCUUCUCAGCAGUGAUAUUUUUUCUUGAGAUGGAGAGACGAAAAGCACUAGUGAUUUUUGUGUUGCUGUGCAGCUUUCAUAAAUGUUGCUCAGAUUGUGGAAGAGGGUUCGUCUCAAAAGGAGGAACUUGCACGGACAUAGACGAAUGCAAGGAAGACAAGGAGCAGUGCGGGAUCAAUGCGGUGUGCAUCAACACGAGAGGCAGCUUCUACUGUCAGUGCAAGCAGGGCUACCAGAAUCUGAAGGGCCCGAUCAACUUCACAGCCCAGGAUGGGCAAUGCAAAGAUUUGAACGAGUGCCUGGUCGACGGCAUCUGCGGUCAGUUCGCUGCCUGUGGUAACCUGAUCGGAAGCUACAUGUGCUCAUGUAUCUCUGGAUUCACCAGAUCUCAUGAUGGAAACUGUACAGACAUCGAUGAAUGUGCGGAAGCGGAGAGGACACACGUAGACAUCUGCGGGGAGAAGGGGUCGUGCAAGAACGUGGUUGGGAGCUACCGGUGCAAGUGUCAAAAAGGAUACACCAACUACGGCAACCAGAGGACCCCAUGUUCAGAGCUGGACUGUGAAACUUUUAAGAUGAACGGUGCUUCUGGAGACCACGUCGGGGGCCUGGCUAAUAUUUUCUCUCUGAUGAGAAACAGCUGUUUGGCGCUGUCCAACCAGAGUCCAUUGAAGCCCGAUGGAGACACACUGCUGGAGAAACUUUUUACAGCCACUGAGACGAUCCUGUCUGCUGGUCAGCUGGAAGGCAGUGAGGAUGUGCAUGUCUUCCUCAGUACAGUGGAGAACUCGGUCAGGCUCAUCGGGCCUCAGCUCAAAGGCAACCGCACCAAGAUGGAGACCAAUGAGACAGAUAUUGAAAUUGCAAUGGAGAGAGGACCGGCUCCGCCAACCGGACCGAUCCAUCUCAGCACUGAAAACGCCUCGCUAGACACCGACUGGACAGUUGCUGCUGGACUGGGACCUUAUCCUGGGUUCACUCUGGCUGCACUGCUGAGCUACAAGAACCUUGAGAGCUCUCUCAACCAAUCCUUCCACGUGCUGCAAGGACACGAGGAGGACGAAGUGAAACCCACCUAUCAGGUCUUCUCCAGAGUGGUGUCAGUCGUGGUCUCCAAUCCCUCCACUGAGAACUUGAGCCAUCCUGUCGAAAUUACAUUGCGCCAUCUACAGGACGCAGACCAGUCAUCUGAAGUGAGCUUCGUCUGUGCUUACUGGAGCGACCAGAGCGUCUGGUCCAAGGACGGAUGUGAUCAGCUCCGCUCUAAUGCCACGCACACGGUGUGUUCCUGUCAACAUCUCAGCAGCUUCGCUGUGCUAAUGGCGCUCACGCCCAUCGAGCACACCUUUGAGCUGCAGCUGAUAACCAAGAUCGGACUCAGCAUCUCCCUGAUCUGCCUCGUGCUCUGUAUCCUGACCUUCAAGUUCUGUCGCUCCAUCCAAGGGACUCGCACCACCAUCCACCUCCACCUGUGUAUCUGCCUCUUCCUGGCCGAUCUCAUCUUCCUGGUCGGCAUCACUCAAACCAAUCCGGAGGGAGGCUGCAGGUUCGUCGCGGCAAUGCUUCAUUUAUUCUUCUUAGGAGUCUUCGCCUGGAUGCUUCUGGAGGGCGUCCAGCUGUACCGCAUGGUGGUCCGGGUCUUCAAUGCCACAAUCCAGCCCCUGUACUUGUACCUCGUGGGUUAUGGGGCCCCUCUGGCUAUUGUCAUCAUCUCUGCCAUCUCCAGACCCAAGGGAUACGGCACGCAGCAGUACUGCUGGUUGUCCCUGGAUGACGGCCUCAUCUGGAGUUUCUUUGGCCCCGUGUGCUUCAUCAUCUUCCUCAACGUCUUCUUCUUUAUCGUCACCGUCUGGAAGCUCGCCCAGAAAUUCAGCAGCCUCAACCCAGACCUCUCCAAGCUCAACAAAAUCAAAGCCUUCACUGUGACUGCAGUGGCUCAGAUGUGUGUUCUGGGUCUCAUGUGGGUGUUCGGGACUUUCCUGUACGAUAAGAGCAACGUCGUGGCUGCUUAUGUCUUCAGCAUUCUGAACAGCCUGCAGGGGGUGCUGGUUUUCGUCAUGCACUGCCUGCUGUCCAAACAGGUGAGAGAUGAAUACGCCAACUUCUUCUCCUGCAUCUGCACACCACAGAAGAAGAGGUACUCCGACUUCAGCAGCACAAACCCCUCCAGCAGCCAGUCGCAGGGCUCUAGAAGCGGGCAGCACACUGGAGAAUCCCAAAUAUGAAGCCCUCCCUUUACUCCACAGAUUGAUAGUAAAAACAUUGGGCAACAUCUUCUGGGAGAAUCAAGUAGAAGUCUUUUAUCUUGUGUUUAUCAAAGGGAAUCAUUUGCUCACAGCACCAAAGCAAAAGAGUCAAAAUACUGCGAGGCAUGACAUGAACCACCAUCAGAAUGUUACUUAUUUAUGAAGCCUCCGUGCUAAAGGGACCAUGUUGACGUGAAUUGCAUCUGAAUGCUGUGCUUUCACAAUGGCUGGCGUUGAAUUUCGGAAACACAACAGUGUUUAAAUCUGUGCAAGUUGGUCAGAGUUGGAGGACAUUUUACUAGUGCCGUGUGAAAAGAGUCAUUUGAUAAGCUGCCAGAAGUAGACAUGCUGUAAUUCUAUGAUGAAUUUUCUGCCGUGUCCACUGUCUCAUUGUUCGCUCUUUCAUCGUAGUCCCGAUGGGAGGAGCUUAAAUGCUUCACUGGCUUUAACCUGUAAGUAGCAAGCAUCUUGCUUUUUUUUAAAUUGAUGGGAACCGCAGACAUGGCAAUUUUUCUGAAAUAACUGACUCCAUCAGAUUUGUUUUUUCAGCGGUCAAGAGUGAAGUAGAAGUAGUCGGUCUGAUGAUGACGCCACACCUGGUGACGUCAUGACAUCAUUGUUUAUAUUCAGAGGCGCGUUGUAUCAGAUGAGGUUCCUUCCUCUUUCAUGCUUUACCAUUAUCAGGCCUCAUCCACCAGCCAACAGUAUGUCACGUACAAAUUUGAAAAAUAGUAGCAGAACAGGAAAACAUAAUGAAGUACAUUGUACUAGCAGUGCAUCAAGUCAGCGAAACGUUGACCUUUAUAUGGCGAGAGAUUCACUCGCGACAAAGCUGGGUGGCGACAUGCGCCAGUUGCUUUGCAAUACUGUCUCUUAAAACUGCACUUGAAACUAAAGGGGCUUCAUCCUAUCAGCAGUGUAAUGUGAAAUGCUCACUGCUGUAUUUAAUAGUUCGUGAAGAGGACGCGCUUUCAGCUUGAACAGAAGCUUCUGACACCUCUUUGACACGCAGAGGAAGAAUCCCAAACUCUUCGACAUUACUUCAGAAGGGUCUUCAUGCCUGCCUGCACUGUAUGUGAACAAAAUAAGUGUUGAAAUCACUUGUGGCUACUCUCUAGAUGUUUUAUCAGCAGGAGCCAUCCACCCUCUUCCUGCAAUUUUGUUGGGAGAGAUUGUUUAUUUUGCUGGUUCCUCCUGAUUCUGCCACGAGAUAUGUCCGCCGAAUUUGUUGACCAGACCCGAGUUAGCGUAUUCUAUUGCACUUUCUUUUCAUGCAAUAAUAUUCCGUCACACUCUUGGUUGUUUAAGUGAAGCUAGUCUUUAAGUUAAAGUUGUUCUAUGAGCUCUUUCUUGGUUGAGAUUGUAUUCUUGGUGUGACUGAACUGUUUUGAAAAUAUUGCAUUGUGUAAAUGUUCUUUUGCAGCAUCUUGUGAAUGUAAGAAUCCCACUGUUGGUGGAUGAACAGACUUUUCUACUCUGUUGUUUGGUACUGUUGUUUUAUUUUUUUUUAAUUAU